GAAGGCUAUCCCAUGCCUUCAGAUGUUAUGAAUUAAUAAUCGGGCCAAGGAUCUCGACCCGGAUGCUUAUAGAUGCGGCCGGAGGUUGGUGUUUGGAAGGCGGAAGCUACCGAUGCCAGAACUCGAGCUGACGAAGUUUAAUCAACAAUAGAUUAAAGGUUGGCCAAUCCGGAUCUGGAUAGCCGGAAGUAACAAUGGGUCUGGAUCAUGCCUUUGAAGAAUCACAUCGUUGGCUGGGAUAGCGGACAUUAAACCACCCGAACAAGGAAGCACACAAGACGAGAGACAGACAGAGAGAGGAAAAGAGAGAGAGAGAGAGAGAGGGGCAGCCCGGAGUGGAAAUGGACAUGCAGUGGGGAUGCCUCGGCGAAUCAAGGGCGGUGAGGGCCGACAGCCAGGCAGAAUCAUCAUGCUGGCAACCCCCCACGACUCUUCCAACUUCUUCAACUCCUUCUCCUCAACAACAGAUCGUUCUUCUUCAAGAUGACGACUACCUCGUACGCUGCAGAUCCUCUCUCUGCUCUCCCCCCAGAGAUUGUCCUGCGCGUCCUGGAGUUCACCCCCAUCUCCGCCCUCGCAAACCUGACCGUGGUCUCCAAGGCCUGGCAUAGAUUCAUCGACGUCACACAUCAAGACGCCAUCUACACGUCCGAAUCCAAAACCACCCAACCGCCCGGAGGCUCCCGCGACUUCUCAUUCCUGUCCGAUAGCACUUGCUUCACCAAAUUCUUCGACGGGACUUCAUCAUGGAAGGAUCUGUGUAAACGCCAGACGCUGCUCGCCCGCAACUGGGCCGAGUCGCGUCCAAUUACCCGGGAGUGCGUGUUGCAAGUUGGCAACGACCCCAUCUGGCGGUUCCGCGCCGAUUUCAAACGCCGAUUGUUUCUAUCCACUUCCCACGCUGGUGGGUUUAAUGUCACUGAUAUGGACACGGGCAAGCUCCUAUGGAAACUCCCCUCCACCCUGGAUAAUGGUGACGGGGAUGCGGUCCGCCCAUAUGCGCAUCUGGAGUAUCAGGAUGGAAUGGCCGUGUUCGAUCGUGAGGGGGAUGCGGUCGAGGUCUGGCAAACGGACCAGGAAGGUGCUGCGCGUGGGGAGUUCCGGCGCAUAGCGGUUUUGAAUCACGAUUGCCAGACGAGAGGCUUUCAGUUGUCUCACUGGACGCUUUGCGUUGUGUCAAGCCAGGGGCAGGGUUUUGUUUAUGAUAUGACACAGCGGCCUCCCACUUUGACCACACACCUGAAGAUCGAGCAAGGCGCUGUCGGUCAUCUGGACCAAAGUAAGGAUGCAGUGAUCUACUCUAUGGGAGCUCACGGAUAUCAUGUCUACGACAAGACAUCUGGUGCAUUUUUGGGUGUGUUGCAUCCGUCGAAUUGCACGGACAAGUAUCACAUCAAUCCACCAGUCGCCGCCUCCCCUUCCGCAAGCCAGGCACUAGCAGGAGCUGUGCGAGCUGGUCCAAAUUAUCGGCUAGGGGACCGUCGAAAAGACAGUAUGGUGCCAAUUGAGCUCGCCAGAGGGCCCCUCCCGGAACCGAGCGACCUUGAGCACGUCCGCCACGGCGAGGACGAGUGGGGAGCGGGCAUGAUACACGGUGAUCUCUUCGCCGGCUUCUCCCGCGCCGGACGUGUCUUUGUGUGCUCCGACUGGCGCAAAGCCCUUGAAGGCGACGCUAAUCUCGCAGCGAAUAGCUCCCUCAUCGAAUGCGAGUCGGAUGGGUCGAGCUUUGACCUGGGCGGCUGGUUGUCGGUGCGCAACCACCGUCUGAUGUUCGAGAUCCAUGACCGAAUUUAUGUCGUUGCACUCGAUGAAGACAACAAGAUCCAAGAUGUCGAUAAUCCAGCCCGUGCUUCUUUCUCGCUGCUCACUAGCUCCAUGCCGCAACUCGCUGUGCCGGUCAGCUUUAUGGCGUUGUAUGACGAUACGAUUAUGACUUCGUACACCACCCUCGGUUGGCGUCAGGCGCAGCCCGAAAAUGUACUCCCACACCACGAACGGCCCGCGCGCAUCUUCCCGACUAAAGUCAUUCGCAUCGUCAGCCUGGCUCCGACGCUGUCACUCAAGUCUGGCUCGAGCUCCGACGUCCACGUAUCUCAGGAUCAGAGGGCGACUGGUGGAGGGCUGUGGGAUCCCGGUCAGCGGAACCCGCCCCCGGAUGAGAUCUCGCCGGCAGGACUGUUGCAGUUGGUUAGUCUGCUUGGAGACGAGUUCGAGGAGGAGGCGGAGAAUGACAUGGAAGUUGUGGUUACAGAUUUCCAUGAUGGCGAAGAAGAUGGAGGAUGGGAGGAUGAAGACGAUGAAGAGGGCGAUGAAGAGGAGGAGGAUGAUGAGGAUGAGGAUGAAGAUGAAGCCCAGGCUUGAAGGAGAGCUGAAGUCGGUGCUGCGAUUCAUCCUCCGCUUAUACUCCACUCAAGCACCUGAGUAAAUGGCAAUCAAUGGACCCACGCAGCACAAGCCACUCAAGCCUCUCAGGCCAGCGUGCAGGCGGCAGGCACUUCAGACCAAGCUCAGACACUUCAUUGGGAUAUCUUGUCUCUGAAUCCCAGCCCGCGCACAGCAUCCCGUCAUCUUACUAAUAUUAGCAAGGCACAGUGAACAGUAUUUGUCCGUGAAUGCAAGCUACUACAGCAUACGGCAUACUACGGACUCGCGACUGGCACCCUGAUGCAAUAAACAGUUGAUUGAUGGAUCUUGGGAUAAUGUCAGUAAUUUCUGCCUGAGAUAGAUAUUGUGAGCACCUGUAAAUACAAUAAGUAGGAUAGGGAUCAAUGUCAAUC